AUGUACUUUCCUGCAGAGGGAAACAACUUCUUCCCCCUUGUCGCGUCGUACAACGAGCCUCCCCGUCACCGACCAAAGACGCCGCUCUUUGUUCCUUUUACGAGGAACAAUGGCAUGAUGCGACAGACAAUUCUUGGAUACAUUGCCAGUGGAUGGCCAAGAGAAGACAUUAUCAUCAUCGACAACAGCGGCACAGCUGAUGCCAACAACCUGAAGCUCCUUUCACCAGAUAACCCCUUUUUCCUCGACUACGAUUUGUUUCGAUACAGAUAUGGCGUUUCGAUUUUACAAACAUCUGUGCUUCUGAAUUUUGCUCAGAUCCAAAACUUCAUGCUAAGGGUAGCUAUGUCUCGCCACUGGCCAUACUUCUUCUGGAGUCACAUGGAUGUCGGCAUCCUGAGCCACGAAGAAGAGACGCCCUACACAUCGUUUUACACACGCGUCCUCAAUGUCCUCGAUGAAGCGGAGAAAGGACGAAUCUCAGGCAAAAAGUGGGCGGCCAAGUUUUUCAACUUCGACUAUCUGACUCUGAUCAACGUCGAGGCAUGGCGACACAUUGGCCAGUGGGACGUGUUUAUUCCUUACUACGCUACGGACUGCGAUGCCUACGGACGCGUCAAGAUGCUGGGCUAUCAAAUUGACGGGGUUCACGCAGGUCACAUAUGGGAUGUCAACAACUUCGUAGACGACCCUGAAGCAAGAUUCUUCCCGCCGGCUGUUCAGCCAAAGUCUGAAAAGGAUAGCGACUCUGCCAACCACACCUCUGAAGACAACGCACCGGGCUCUGCGCGGUUCCAGGCUCUAAGAGAGGAGCUCCAGAAAAUCCAAGAUGCUAAGAUGAGCGACUCCAAGGGCCGCAAUACCUGGCAGAACAUGCAAAAGGGAGGAAAGGGAGAGCCAUGGACGUAUGAUCCCAAGGGUUUCCAGGUUGCUUGGUGGGAAAUGGCAGAGGAUGGGCGAAAGCUCUUUAGGCACAAGUGGGGAGAGGGAGGCUGUGAUUUAUUCGAGGAGAAAAAGACGAUCGAGGACAUGUGGAAAGAUGUUAAGGAUGAAAAAUAGAGAAUGGAUUUUUAUUGGAUGCACGUUGGAGAUGUGGUAAUG